UUGAUCCAAAAGAAACCAACACAGUCUAGUCUACUGCGAACAGAGUAACGCUAACAUUCAUUUCAUUUCUCUCUACUCUUUCCUUUCCUUUUUCUCUUGUCAAGCUCUAAGCUCAGCUCUAAUGGCUUCCUCACUCGCUCUCAAGCGCCUCCUCUCCUCCACCCUACGCUCCAACUCCAUUCUCUAUCCGGUUCGCCCCAUAGCUAGUACUCCCUCCAUCGCUUCCAGGUACUUCAACACCAACGCCGUACGGAGUUACGACGACGGCGACUACGACGAGCGCGGUGUCGACAUCGACCGCCGCUCUGACCGUUCUCCCUCUCGCCGACUAGGCCGCGAUGAUUUCCUCUCAGGUAAAGUGUUUGAUCCAUUUUCACCAACAAGGAGCCUUAGCCAGGUCCUAAACCUAAUGGACAAUCUCAUGGAGAAUCCGCUCCUCUCAGCCUCUCGCGGCGCCGGGUCCGGGCUUCGGCGAGGGUGGGAUGCGAAGGAGACUGAGGAUGCACUCCAUCUCCGAGUGGACAUGCCAGGACUCAGCAAAGAGGACGUGAAGGUUUCAGUGGAACAGAACACUCUAACCAUCAGAGGCGAAGGCGGCAAAGAGGAAGGCGACGAAGAGAGUGGACGGAGGUACAUGAGCAGGAUCGACCUGCCGGAGAAACUGUACAGGACUGAUCAGAUCAAGGCUGAGAUGAAGAAUGGUGUGCUCAAAGUGGUUCUGCCUAAGGUCAAAGAAGAUGAGAGGUCUGACGUUUUACAUGUCAACGUUGAGUAGUUCUGUUAAGCAUGGCUUUUUCUAUUGUCUUCUUUGUUUCGAGUACAAUUUACUUAAAAGUGAGAAAUGAGAGAUGAGAAUGUAAUGGCUAUGAGAACUAUGAGUUGAGUUGUUAAUAUUUUGAUAUUAUUUUUCUUUCAUAAUAAGAUAGUUUUGUAUUUUUCUGUUUUUCACA